GAUUGAAAGUGACACACUGAUUAGAAACCCGCUCCUUUUGCGCCGAUAAAUCCCGCUAUUGCUGUAAAGUCAGACGCCAGUGUGCUUUUGCGUGUGUGUGUGAGUGUGUGCGUGUGUGUGUGUGUUUUUUUGGGGUUGCUUUCCGGUCAAGUCCGUGUUUUGUCCACCCGCGGCUGCGUUUUUGUUUAUUUGUUGUUUUUGUUUGUAGUAGUUACGCUUUUUGUCUUUCUCCGAGGAUGAAGCCAUGAGUUCAGUGGAGGGCAGACUUGUGACAGAGAGACGCGCUUUGACAAAAGCGUGAAAGGUGAGGACGCGGAGAAAAAAGUCCAUCGAAAAUAUCAAGUUUGUCGCGCGCGCGCUCGGAUCCACGGCUCGAGGGCAGACGACAGAAGUCUCUUGUUCGCCUCUCCUUCCCGGCAGACGAGCAUCCUCCGCGCACCUCUUUCACUCCGCUGCUUCACGCGCUGUCGUCGUCCCCCGCCUCACCCCUCACCCCCCACCCCCUCAUCCUAUUCCUUCCCUUCCUCCCCCACCACACCGCCACCAGUGAGUGACUUGUGGAUCUCUGGUCCGGUUCUCCCUCCGCCCGAGUCCAGAUUGUGCAGCGCGCUCCGCCGUGUGAACCACAGCCCAGCCCUGGAUUCAAUACUCCUGCUCAAUGGACAGAGCCUCCUCAGCGGCCAGCAGCGCUACCGACACGCCGUAAACAACUCGUUCUCUCUGGCUGGAGCUCCUCUGGGGAUCUGGAGGAGGAUGGAGCGAGGAGGGGAGAGUCCCAUCACCCAGGACAGUCCUGAGCGGAGGGGAGGCAGUCCGGACCUCAGCGGCCUCGCGCCGCCGGGGAAGAAAGGCCGUCUGGAGCUCAAUGGGAGCCCCACUGGGCCCCGGAUACGCCACAACGGAGCCCCUCUGAGGCCCCUCGGAGGUCUGAUGAUUCCAGUCUUCUGUGUGGUGGAGCAGUCGGAUGGAGGGAUUCAGACGGACGGAUGCGACGGAAGAGAGGAGCAUGCAGAGUUUGUGCUGGUCAGGAAGGAUAUCCUCUUCUCCCAGCUGGUGGAGACGGCUCUGCUGGCCCUCGGUUACUCCCACAGCUCGGCGGCCCAAGCCCACGGCAUCAUCAAGGUGGGACGGUGGAACCCGCUGCCCGUCCACUUCCUGACGGACGCACCGGAAGCCACAGUGGCCGACAUGCUGAUGGAGGUCUACCACAUGGUCACGCUACGCAUCCAGCUGCACAGUUUUUCAAAGCUGGAGGAUCUGCCCUGUGAACAGUGGAACCACGCGACCGUCAGGAACGCUCUCAAAGAGCUGCUGAAGGAGAUGAACCAAAGCACUCUGGCUAAAGAGUGUCCUCUGUCACAGAGUAUGAUUUCCUCCAUCGUGAACAGUUCAUACUAUGCCAACGUCUCCACUGCUAAAUGCCAGGAGUUCGGUCGUUGGUACAAGAAAUAUAAGAAAAUCAAAGUAGAUUACCUGGAGAAGAUGUGGUCCGGACGAGACGCUGCCGACAUCAAAAUAGAGAGAGACAACAUGGCGGAUUUCUGCGUGCUAGGCCAAAGGCCUCCUCCUCACCUGGCCGGCCUGGCCCAGCUCAGUCACCUGGGAGCCGGCGGCCCUCUCCUCAAGGCGGGCUCCGGGGAUCUGCAGGCGCCCUCCCAGCCGUCUCAACAGCCUCCUCCGUCCCAGCAGCAGCAGCAGCAGCCCUCGCUACACGGCCCCCACCACCACAGCCCUCCUCUCCGCACGGGCCAGGUGCCUCAUCCGCCGCCCCCGCCCGGCUCCUUGCAGCCCCUGCUGGGGCCAGGUGGACUGCUCUCCCCUCAGCUCUCCCCGCAGCUGGUACGCCAACAGCUCGCCAUGGCCCACCUCAUCAACCAGCAGCUAGCCGUUAGCCGCCUGCUGGCCCAUCAGCACCCACAGGCCAUCAGCCAGCAGUUCCUCAACCACCCGCCCAUCCAUCGGGGUUCGUCCAAAGUCGGCGGCGACCAUCCCGGGAGCAACCCCUCGGCCACCGAGGUCUCCUGCGAAAUCUACCAGCAGGUCAGAGACGAGCUGAAGAGAGCUAGUGUCUCCCAGGCCGUGUUCGCCCGUGUGGCUUUCAACCGCACACAGGGUUUGCUGUCGGAGAUCCUGCGGAAGGAGGAGGACCCUCGCACGGCCUCGCAGUCUCUGCUGGUCAACCUGAAAGCGAUGCAGAACUUCCUCAACCUGGCGGAGAGCGAGAGAGACCGGAUCUACCAGGAGGAGAGGGAGCGCACCAUGAACCCCACAGUCGGCCUCCCCGCCUCCAACUCCUCCAACCCCGGCCCGCCACGCCUCCCGCAGAAAGUGUGGGAGAGGGGCAUGGAGGACCAGAUAACCCCCGAUACCUGGGCCUCCAUCUGGAAGAACAAGACUAAAAUCUCCAACUCGCCAAAGCCGCCGGGCCCGGCCUGCGACCUCCCUCUGAAGCUGGAGUCGUUGGUCAACAUCACGUCGGGAAUCUACGACGAAAUCCAGCAGGAGAUGAAGAGAGCCAAAGUGUCUCAAGCGCUGUUCGCGAAGGUGGCCGCCAACAAGAGCCAGGGCUGGCUGUGUGAGCUGCUCCGGUGGAAGGAGAACCCCAGCCCGGAGAACCGCACCCUGUGGGAGAACCUGUGCACCAUCCGGAGGUUUCUGGCGCUGCCACAGACCGACAGAGACCUGGCAUACGAGGAGGAGUCCAGACACCAUCACUCGGAGAGGAUGCACACCGUCCUCCACCUGCCGCAGGACACACAGCUGUUUUGUCUUUCUCGUCAGGCACACCACAGGCCACCCCCGACCCCGAUGAAGGAGCACCGGCUGUCUCCGAUGCGCGAGGAGCAGUCGUCGUCCGCCCCGGUGAACGACGACGGGUCACAGAACGUGGGGCCGGGAGCCGGCGGUCCACUCGGCACCGGCUGCGGGGGCAACAAGAAGCCCCGAUCGCGCACUAAGAUUUCCCUGGAGGCCUUGGGCAUCCUGCAGAGCUUCAUCCAGGAUGUGGGCCUGUACCCGGACCAGGAGGCCAUCCACACCUUGUCAGCGCAGCUCGAUCUGCCCAAGCACACCAUCAUCAAGUUUUUCCAGAACCAGCGCUACCACGUCAAGCACCACGGUCGCCUCAAGGAGCUGGGCGAGGGGGCCGCCGCCAGCGGAGGUGUGGACGUCAGCGAGUACAGAGAGGAGGAGCUGCUCUCGGGCUCGGAGGACCCGGAGUCCAGCGAGGACGGAGCCGAGGAGCUCUACCAGUCCGCGGAGGGGAAUGGCGUGAGCGCCAACCAGCCUCCGGCCUCCUGCGGCUCCAACUCAAGCCAGUCGUCCUCAGGGAGCAACAAUGCUCCGGAGGAAGGCAAGGACAAAGGGCACGGCCGGCCCGGUGGCCCUCUGGGGCCCGGAAGCUCCUCCUCCAGUCCCAGAGAGCAGGCCGACUACCAGAGGUAGAGACCGACACACAAGGAGGAGAGGAACGGGAGAAAGAGAGAGGGGGAGAAAACAAGAUAAAGAAAGGGAUCAAAUGAAGCGAGGAACUGGUCACGACUCGACGAACGUCGCCGAAAAACAACCGGACUCUUAUAGAGUGACAGACAUCUGUGAACAUCUAAUGUGUGGAGUGAAAAUACCUCAGCAAGACAGAGGGUCGUGUAACUGUGAAAGAAAGCCCCCGACCCCCAAAAAAACACAUUUAAAUAAUGAAUUCAAUAAAUGAACAGGUAAUCUAUUGCUGCUCAUGCCUCCCAAUUUACAAACCCCACACAAAAUCUCCAAGUGUCGACCAACGGACUUUUCUCCCAAUCAGCCAAUCGCCGGAAGACAGGCGGGAUUUCACCGGAGUCCCGCCCAAAUCCGUCUCACGUGAGCCGUUCUCACCUGAGCCGUUCUCACCUGAGCCACAACCUGCCCUCGCCUCACCGUCACACUCCAGAAUCACUACCAGUCCAAUCAAGCACUUACUGUUCACACUGAUAUUUUGUGGAUGUGACGUACCCUUGCCUCCUUCCCUCGCGCCCUCCUCUCGAGGCAGACUAAAGCGACGUGAGGUUUUUCCUGGCGUACGCGUGGCGGGAGAAAUGUCAAGGAAGGGAAGGACAGAGCGGAGAUUCAGCCACCAAACAAUCAGUCACUUUAUGUGCGGUAGUCCACCCCUCUUCCACUCGUCCUCUCCUCUCUCCGCCUCACUCUC